AUGUUGGCUCAUCCUUAAGCACCUUUAUUAAAAUAUUCUCUGUUGGCCCACAGAAAAGGAAGUCUGCAUCUGGGUAUAAUGAAUAUAGAGAAGAUCACAAGGUGAAAAAACUACCUCAAACAAAGUACCAUGUCUUAGGCAACUUUUUGCUCAUUGUUAACCUACUCCCUUUCCUGAUUCUAAUGGCUUCUUCUUCUUCCAAGCUUAGAAGGAGUUACCACGUCUUCCUGAGUUUCAGAGGUCCGGACGUCCGCAACAACUUCCUCGGUCAUCUCUACACAGCUCUAAAUCAAACAGGAAUAUACACUUACAUCGACAGUGAAGAACUGAGGAAGGGAGAGCAAUAUCACCUUCACUUAUGAAGGCAAUCGAGAAAUCACAAAUUGCGAUUGUCGUUUUCUCCGAGGGCUACGCUUCCUCGCCAUGGUGUUUGGAAGAGGUGGUGAAAAUCAUGGAGUGCAAGGAACAAGGAGAUCUCAUGGUCUUUCCGGUGUUUUACAAAAUAGAACCCAAGGAAGUGAGAACACCAAGAAAAGUUAUGGAGAAGCUAUCGCUAAGCAUGAGUCCAAAUUUGGGAAGUAUUCAGAGGAAGUUGAGAGAUGGAAGAAGGCUCUUUUUGAUGUUGGUAACUUGUCCGGGUGGCACUUGAAUGAUGGAGAUGAAGCGGAGCUUGUAAAAGAAUAGUCAAGGAGAUAUCAAUGCGGCUAGACCGAACACCCUUACAUGUUGCUAAGCAUCCGGUUGGGAUACAUCCCCAAGUGGUAAAGCUGGAAUCAAUGAUAAACAUGAAGUCUGACGAUGAAGUUCUCUUUAUAGGAUUAUGGGGAAAGGGAGGCAUAGGAAAGACAACUUUAGUCAAAGCCCUUUAUAAUGCUAUCUUUAGACAAUUUGAGGGUUCAUGUUUUUUGGCAAAUGUUCGAGAAACUUCAAAAGAUUCCAAGGAUUUAGUUCCUUUGCAAGGAAAAUUGUUGUUUGAGAUAUUAGGACAAGAGUUAGUAGUGUUUAGUGUUGAUGGAGGUAUUAACUUAAUUCAAGAGAGACUUUGCCACAAAAAGUUCUCCUUAUUCUCGACGAUGUCAAUGAAGUAAAACAAUUAGAUGCUUUAGCUGGAGAAUGUGAGUGGUUUGGUGAAGGAAGCAGAGUCAUUAUUACUUCAAGAGAUAGACAUCUGUUAGUUUCCCAUGGAAUAGAUGAAUAUCACAUCUAUGAAGUUAAAACUCUAGAGAAUUUGGAAGCUCUUGAACUUUUCAACAAGCAUGCCUUUGUAAGAAACAACAAAAUAGUAAUAAGGAGGGAUCUUGUGGAUAGUGCUUUGCAAUAUGCAAAUGGACUUCCUUUAGCACUUGAGAUAUUGGGCCGUUUCCUACGUGGUAGAAGAGAACAUGAAUGGAAAGUGCAUUGAGUAAACUUGCAAAAGUCCUAAUGAAAAAAUCAAUGGUGUUCUUAAGUUAAGUUAUGAUGGACUUAGAGCACAAUGAAAAGGAGAUAUUUCUUGAUAUUGCAUGUUUCUUCAAGGGGCGAACUAUAAAGUACAUUAUGAAAGUUCUUGACGGUUGUGAUUUUGACACAACUAUUGGAGUACAAGUUCUUGUUGAGAAGUCCUUGAUAUUUAAUGAUAGAGGGACCCUACAGUAUGCAUGACUUGAUUCAGAUGAUGGGCAUGGAUAUUGUUAAACAAGAAUGCCUUGAUGAUCCUGGAAAACGAAGGAGGUUAUGGCUUUAUGAUGAUGUUCAUUAUGUUAUGUCAAGGGAUAUGGGAACAAGUGCAGUAAAAGCCAUAGUUUUGGAUUUACCUAAGCCAAAAGAGAUAUACACAUGGUCUCGAUGCUUUCACAAACAUGAGAAGGUUGAGGGUACUCAUCAUGAUUAAUGUGCAUACCUCUUUCCAGGUCCUAUCUGUCUUCCUGAUGAGCUAAAAUGGUUAGAAUGGCAUGAAUGUCCUUAUUCGAUUCCAGAAUGGUGCUUUGUUCCAAAGAACUUAGUUGGACUUGAUCUGUGCAGAAGCAACAUCCAAGUAGUGAGGGAGCAAUUUAAGGAUUUUAAAAACUUGAAGUUCCUUAAUUUCAGUGAAUGCCAGUCACUAGUUUGUAUGCCAGACCUCAAUUAUACUCCAAAUCUCGAGGAAUUGAAUCUCCAUGGGUGCAAAAACUUGGAGCGUGCCACGAAUCAGUUGCAUAUCACGGCAAGUUACGGUUGUUGAAUUUAAGUGGGUGCUCUGAACUUCAUCAUCUUUGUGAUGUGCUUCAAGCCAACAAUCUUCAAUCUAUCAAUCUUCGUGAUUGCUCAAAAUUGCAAAAUUCCCUGAUAUUCCAGAUGAAAACAAAAGCAUUGCUAAAUCUUCAUUUAGAUAGGACACCAAUUAAGGAACUUUUUGCAUCCAUAGAAAAUCUCGUCUCUUUAAAAGAUAUGACUUUAAGUAGUUGCAAGAAUUUGGCAAUCCUUCCAUCUAGCAUUUACAAGUUGCAAAAUCUUGAAAGGCUGAUACUUGAUGGCUGCUCAAAGCUAAUCAACUUUCCAAAGAAGGAUGAAUCAAGUGAUCCCCAUGUGAAGAUAGGAUUUCCCAGGUUAUAUGAGUUAAAUCUUCGUAAAUGCAGUCUAUUAGAAGUAGAUUUCCUAGAGAAACAUUCAUGUUUUUCCUAUUUUAAGAAUUUGAAUUUGUCGGGAAACAAUUUUACUAAUCUUUCUUUAUCUGAGCAACUACAUAAUUUGCUCAACUUGGAUGUUUCGUACUGCCAACAACUUGAAGAGGUCCUCGAGAUUCCAGGGCAUGUAGAUAUUCUGAAAGCAGUAAGUUGCGAAUCUCUGCGUAAAAUUUCCACCAACAAGUGUCCCGCAAGGUCGAUGGAUUUAUCUUCAUGUUAUGAACUGGUCCGUCAUGGUUUCACCGUAAAUGAUUUCAUCAAGCCUGAGGUGCUAAUUUCCAAUUGGGUUUUACUACCUGGAGAAGAUAUGCCAAAGUGGUUGCUCCCCAAUAAAGAUGGUUGUAUAUCUUUCUUGGCUUCAAAGGACUUGUAUGAGAAGAUUGGAGGAUUAGCUUGGGCUAUUGUACACCAAGUAAAAAAAGGAAACAAGAAUGCCAAACUUAAGAUUCAAGCAUAUGUUAAUGGGGAAAGGAUGAACAAAGAAUCCGACAGAGCCAUGCCAUUGGAUUUGAAUCAUGUGGCUUUUGGGGUUAUCGAAUUGAAAGACUUGUGGAAAGAAGUCUCUUUUGGUCCAAAUGGUUACUGGAAUCAUUUCCAGUGUAGCAUUACGGCUUCGGUUGGCGUAAUUGUGAAAAAGUGUGGAUUUCGACUAAUAUGUAAAUCACUAGAGAACGAGCUAGAGGUUUUGCUUCAAGAUGAUCAAUUACAUGAUCCAACUUUAUUUUAUGAGGUUUUGGAUGAGAAUCAAACAAGCACAGAGUUAGAUAGUCCAAGAGAGUUCGUCCACAAAGGUUUGGAUGAAAAUCAAAUGAGCACAGAGGAAGAUAGUCUAGGCAAGUUCGUCCACAAAGGAGUGAACAUGACUGACUUCUCAAUUGAGAAAUAUCGUUAUUCCCAAAUUUCUCCUGCUUACCGAAAUGUUCUUCUUGGAGGAGAGAUGCCAGAGCAGUUUGUCCUUGUUGAAGACGGUACCAUAUCUUUCAUGGCUUCACAAGACUUGUAUGACAAGUUUCUAGGAUUGGCUCUUUGUGUUGUUUUCAAUGUAGAAGAUAGGAAAGGAAAUAUCUUUCGAGCUUGUGCCAAAUGUUAAUGGCGAAAGGCGGAAUGUGCUAUCAGGAAUUCUCGGUUCAUUUGAUUCGGAUCACAUGUGGAUUCAGUAUCUCAAAUCAAAUGUGCUGUGGGGACUAUUGGAGGGAGGAGUUGAUUUUGAUCAAUUUGAGGAAAGUUAUUUACAAUUUAGCCUUAGAAUCAAAGUAUCGGGUGGAACCGUGAAAAAGUUGGGCUAUGUGCUACGGUGCGGGCAACUGGAGGAUGAUUUGAAGGUUGUGCUUGAAGACAAUCAAUUUGUGGAUUCAACCGCACUCUGUGAGGAUUUUGAUGGAUCAACAGGUUUAAGAGAAUUCUUAAGGAAAUGUCACCUCCCUAUAGAGAAACUGGGAAAUAGUGAAAGUGAAAGUGAAAGUGAAGACGAUUAAGUGGGAAGAGGCAAGUGUAGUAUUGUUGGCUUGCAGAUCUCAAGGAAGCAAUCAUUAAUCUAGGAGGUGGCAUAUUUAUCCUUAUAUCCGGGCAAAUGUAUGGGAAAUUCCUACUAUUAGAACUGUGUUGUUGUUGGAGUGACAAAUGGCUUUCAAUUCAAACUCGCUUGAUUCAAAGAUGCAUGAAUAGAGAGAGGGUGACUUGGCACACAAGAUGCUUGAAUUCAUCAUAACAGGGCAUCAUUUCUGGCUCAAGUAUCUCCACCAUGGUGUGCUGCGGGAGGACCGAAAAGAUUCAAGUCAUUUCCACGUUAGCCUCGGACCAUCCCAUGAAAUUGUGAAGUAUUGGUGAAUCCGUCUGAUAUGCAUGUAACAAGAUAGUGAUUUGAGGGUUUUGAUCUUGCAGAUUCAGCCAGUAGAACCAGCUCUAGUCCAUGAAGCAGUCUUGGAUCAAGAGGUUUGGAGGAUAUUGCGCUUUGCUGGGAACAUGAUCUAAGCAAAUGAAUCUAGAGGGAAGUGGUGAUACUAGUACAAAGGAGAGCACGAUGCAUGAAGAAA